AGUUCUGACCUUUCUUCAUACGACUUUCCUACUGCUCUCUUCUUGACUUCAACAUGGGAGCUUCUCAGUCUGGACCAGUGCAUAUGUCGCAGGAUCUGGUUCAUAAAACUGGCUUUUCCAUCGAGCAGAUAAAAACCCUCCAUACCAGAUUUCUGUACCUGACUCGAGAUGAAGACACAUUAAGACGUGAACACCUUGCGAAUGUUAGCGAUUUGGCCCUCAAUCCAAUCCGAAGACAGAUCAUUGAGGCUUUCUUUGAUAAAAGGAACAUGGGUGAAAAAGAGAAGGGCUGUCUGCAGGAGAUCGGUUUUGAGGAAUUCGUAACUGUCCUGUCCUUCUUCAGACCACCCAAACCACACACUGCAGACGAGGAGAUGAAAAACAUCAAGAAGGAGAAACUACGAUUUCUAUUCAACAUGCAUGACACUGACAAUGACGGCAUCAUCACGCUGGACGAAUACAGAUGUGUGGUGGAGGAGCUGCUGUCCAGCUAUGAAAUCAUAGGAGCAGAAAACGCCAAAGCCAUCACAGAUGCUGCGAUGCUGGAGGUGGCGAAUGUCACAGUGGGUCAGAUGGCUCCUGAUGAUUUUUAUGAGGGAAUCACCUUUGAGCAGUUUGAGCAGAUAUUAAAAGAUGUAGAGAUCGAGACCAAGAUGAAUAUUCACUUUUGGAACUUGGACAACAUGACCGUGCAAUGUGGGAAAUGAGAGUCAUUUCCGCUUCACAGCAGUACUUUACAUUCAAACUCGUAGUGUUGAGUUAACUUUCUCGGAAAUAUCUCCAGUGAUCAAGAUAUGGACGCGUCUACAAGUUAACAUGAUUACAUUUCAGAGUCCAAACCAAACAUCCCAAGUAUAUUUGGAAGAUAUUUACGAACCCUGUAAGGCCUAGUUAUUUUCGGACUUCAUGUUGACAUAUGUACAACAUAAAGCAUUUUGAUUCAAACACACUUUCAGGUUCCAUGUAUACUGUAUUUUUAACAGUGGAACUGAGUCGUGUGAUGGAGUCGUGAAAUUUCCCUUCUGAGAUAAGUAUGCUGAUUUUAUUUAGAGGAAGUCUAUAUUAAAAUGUAUUAAAGGAUAUGUAAAGUUUUACAGCAUUUAUUAAAUUGAUAUUUUUAUUAUUGUCAGUUGAA